GGAUUUGAUCAUCAGCGUCCCAUGGACCCUUCUCCAGUGACUCCACCAACUAUUGAACUACAACAAGAUGAUGAAUGGGAUACAGAUGGGUUUGUGAUUCCAAGCUUGGUUAUUGAAGACCACGAUAAAACUAAUGAUGAUGCUCCAGUAGUAGAAGACCCAAUUCCUCCAUCUUUAAAGGACAAAAUAGAAGAGAAUAUCUACUUAGGACCACUUGGGGCUCCCCCUUCACAGUCAAAGCAGCAAGAGGUAAAUCCUUCUAGCCGUAAGCAGAAGUUUAAGCAGAAACUAAAGGAAGCAGAUCAGAAGAUUAGCGGGACUGGUCGAGAGAAUAAGUUGGACAAUCUGAGAGAACUUGUGGGCAGUGGGAACGGAUGCAGCAACAUGGCAAAAGGUACUUCAAGGGACUGGUUAGACCCCCAUUGUCAUGAGUCUCAGUUUGAAAAAUCGCAUCCCCAGUGAUUGGUGUCUCGUAAUACUUUAUACCGUUCAAGAUAUCUGAAUUUAGCAGACCAUUGUUUGGUUUGAGACUUAAUACUGUUAAAGGUAUAUGAAUUUUGCAGCCCUUGUUUUGUGCAAUCGUUCUAUCAGAUCUCCAUGUGCCUUGACCAUAUAAUUUUAGUCGAAACCAGAAUUGGCUGUUCGAGA